AAAUACUGUCGGUGGACUGAAAGCAGUCUCAAUCACUCAUCUCUGCUCUCAAUUACAACUCUCAUUAGCUCACUAACAGCUCCCACAUCAUCCCUUUCGUCUCUUCUAAGUCUCUAUUAUUAUUUUUCUCUAUCCAAAAUAUUUUAUUCAAAUUCUUGAAUUUAAUUUACCAUUUUUCUCUGGCCCUCUUUAUAUGUCGGACGAAUACAGCUGCCACAGACCGCAACUCUCUGGAGCUCAUUAACCGAGAGAGAGACAGAGAUAGUUGCUUCUGACCCAUUUAAUUAUCCCUUUUUUGGUUACAUAGCCGACAUUGCCAUUUUGUUUCUCAUUUCUCGUAGUUGAAUUGGGUUUAUUGCUUUCUGGGUUUGGAUGAUUUGAACUUGCUGAUCGGUGGGUUCAUCGUUGAAUUAGAAGAUUCAUACUCUGGAUUGUUGGAAUUUUGGAGUGAUAAAGCUUAGAUCUUGAGACUGUUACGCCGGUGCAGAAAUCGAAGGCUCUUGGUAUGUCUGUUCUCUUCACAUUUGCAUGAGGGACUGGACAUAUUAGUGCAAAUCCAGUGGUUCACGUUGAAGCAGAUAUAGAAUGGAAUCAGAAGGGGAAAGUAAGGGGAAGGUCCUGAAAAACUUGGGUGGUCAGGUCUGCCAGAUCUGUGGUGAUACUGUUGGCAAAACUGUAGAUGGAGACCCAUUUGUUGCAUGUGAUGUCUGUGCUUUCCCGGUAUGCAGGGCAUGCUACGAAUAUGAGAGGAAGGAUGGAAAUCAGUCCUGCCCUCAGUGCAAAACCAGAUACAAGAGACAUAAAGGAAGCCCUGCAAUUCUUGGUGAUGCAGAGGAUGAAAGUAUUGCUGAUGAUAAUGCAAGCGAUGUUCAAUACUCAGCAGAAAUUGAGACUGGGAAGGCAAAAGUCUCUGAGCGUAUGUUGAGCUGGCAUAUGACUUAUGGACGAGGAGAAGAAGUCGGGGCACCAAAAUAUGACAAAGAAGUCUCACACAAUCAUGUUCCUUUGCUCACAAAUGGAACAGAUGUAUCUGGAGAGUUAUCUGCGGCAUCUCCUGAACGCCUUUCAAUGGCAUCUCCAGGGCAUGCUGGUGGAGCUAAACGCAUCCAUCCUCUAACUUAUGGAUCUGAUGUGAAUCAAUCACCCAAUAUAAGGGUUGUUGAUCCCGUGAGGGAAUUUGGGUCUCCUGGAUUAGGAAAUGUUGCUUGGAAAGAGAGAGUGGAUGGAUGGAAAAUGAAACAGGAGAAGAAUGUCGUUCCAAUGACUAGUAGCCAUCCGCCUUCGGAAAGAGGAGUUGGAGAUAUUGAUGCAAGCACAGAUGUGUUGAUGGAUGAUUCUCUACUGAAUGAUGAAGCUCGCCAACCUCUUUCGAGAAAGGUUUCUAUUCCUUCAUCCAGGAUUAAUCCUUACAGGAUGGUCAUUGUCCUCCGGCUUGUUAUUCUUUGCAUUUUCUUGCACUACCGAAUUACAAACCCGGUGCCAAAUGCAUACGCUCUUUGGUUGAUAUCUGUGAUAUGUGAGAUUUGGUUUGCAAUAUCUUGGAUUUUGGAUCAGUUCCCUAAAUGGCUUCCAGUAAAUCGAGAAACAUACCUUGACAGGCUUGCCUUAAGAUAUGACAGGGAAGGAGAGCCAUCUCAAUUGGCUGCUGUUGACAUCUUUGUCAGUACUGUGGAUCCUUUGAAGGAGCCUCCACUUGUCACUGCCAAUACUGUCCUUUCCAUCCUAGCAGUUGACUAUCCGGUUGACAAGGUGUCAUGCUAUGUCUCUGAUGAUGGUGCAGCUAUGUUGACAUUUGAAGCUCUGUCAGAGACUGCAGAAUUUGCAAGGAUUUGGGUUCCUUUUUGCAAGAAGUACGCAAUUGAACCUCGGGCUCCGGAGUGGUACUUUUCGCAGAAGAUUGACUACUUGAAAGACAAAGUUCAUCCUUCAUUUGUGAAAGAUCGUCGAGCUAUGAAGAGAGAGUAUGAAGAAUUCAAAAUUCGAGUCAAUGCCCUAGUUGCCAAAGCUCAGAAGGUUCCUGAAGAGGGGUGGAUAAUGCAAGAUGGUACACCAUGGCCUGGAAAUAACACCAGGGACCAUCCAGGCAUGAUUCAGGUUUUUUUGGGCCAAAGUGGAGGUCUUGACAGCGAAGGAAAUGAGCUGCCCAGAUUAGUCUAUGUAUCUCGUGAGAAGCGUCCAGGGUUCCAACAUCACAAGAAAGCAGGAGCUAUGAAUGCUCUUGUCCGUGUCUCAGCAGUUCUUACCAAUGGCCCAUUCUUGUUGAAUCUUGAUUGUGAUCAUUACAUAAAUAACAGCAAGGCUUUGCGAGAAGCAAUGUGCUUCCUGAUGGAUCCUAACCUUGGGAAAUAUGUUUGCUAUGUCCAAUUUCCUCAGAGAUUUGAUGGUAUUGAUAGAAGCGAUCGUUAUGCAAAUAGAAACACUGUUUUCUUUGAUAUAAACUUGCGAGGUUUGGAUGGCAUUCAAGGACCAGUUUAUGUGGGCACAGGAUGUGUCUUCAACAGAACAGCUCUGUAUGGUUAUGAGCCUCCUCACAAACCUAAACACAAAAAACCAGGCCUAUUGUCUUCAUGCUUUGGUGGCUCGAAAAAGAAAGGGUCUAAAUCAUCUAAAAAGGGAGACAAAAAGAAGUCCAAGAAUGUUGACCCAACUGUACCAAUAUUUAGCUUGGAGGAUAUAGAGGAAGGUGUUGAAGGUGCUGGUUUUGAUGAUGAGAAGACACUGUUAAUGUCUCAAAUGAGCCUGGAGAAAAGAUUUGGUCAAUCUGCAGUUUUUGUUGCAUCCACUCUCAUGGAGAAUGGUGGUGUUCCUCAGUCUGCUACGCCCGAGACACUUCUCAAAGAGGCAAUUCAUGUUAUAAGUUGUGGUUAUGAAGAUAAGACGGAGUGGGGAAGCGAGAUUGGAUGGAUUUACGGUUCAGUUACAGAAGAUAUUCUGACUGGAUUCAAAAUGCAUGCCCGUGGCUGGCGUUCUAUUUACUGCAUGCCUCAUAGACCUGCAUUCAAGGGUUCAGCUCCAAUCAAUCUUUCCGAUCGUUUAAACCAAGUGCUCCGGUGGGCUUUGGGAUCUGUGGAAAUUCUAUUCAGCAGGCAUUGUCCAAUAUGGUAUGGUUACAGUGGAAGGCUGAAGUGGCUAGAGAGAUUUGCAUACGUCAAUACUACAAUUUACCCUAUCACUGCCAUUCCUCUACUCCUGUAUUGUACUUUGCCAGCUGUCUGUCUGUUCACUGGGAAGUUCAUUAUUCCGCAGAUCAGUAAUGUUGCCAGUAUUUGGUUCAUAUCCCUCUUUCUUUCCAUCUUUGCUACUGGUAUACUUGAAAUGCGGUGGAGUGGUGUUGGAAUUGAUGAAUGGUGGAGGAAUGAACAAUUUUGGGUUAUUGGUGGUGUUUCUGCUCAUCUUUUCGCAGUUGUUCAAGGGUUGCUCAAAGUGCUUGCUGGUAUUGAUACCAACUUCACUGUCACAUCCAAGGCAUCAGAUGAAGAUGGCGAUUUUGCAGAACUCUACAUGUUCAAGUGGACAACCCUUCUUAUACCGCCGACAACUCUUCUUAUUGUAAACUUGGUUGGUGUUGUUGCGGGCAUUUCAUAUGCCAUCAACAGCGGUUAUCAAUCAUGGGGUCCUCUCUUUGGGAAGUUGUUUUUCGCCUUCUGGGUGAUUGUUCAUCUUUAUCCUUUCCUCAAAGGUUUGAUGGGGCGCCAGAACAGGACACCAACCAUAGUUGUGGUUUGGUCAAUCCUACUUGCUUCCAUUUUUUCUCUCUUGUGGGUGAGGAUUGAUCCCUUCACCACCAGAGUUACUGGCCCUAAUGUCGAACAGUGUGGAAUUAACUGUUAAGGACGACAAAAAAAGUCGAAUCCAUUCCAAGUACCAGUCUAGGUCAGUGAAGACGAUUGAAGUAAUUUAAAGCGAUAGAAAGGGGUUUCAGCCAAGCGAUGUUCCCUGAGUUAAUAGGCAAAAUGUUGUGUCAGUGUACCUGUUUUGCAUGUUAAGAUCACUUUUUGUGCAGAAGUUAGUUGUAUACCGUCUCAAAUAUGUAUUUAUGGACUCAACAUCCAUUCUUUUUUGGUUAAGCUUUGUUGGUAAGAAGAUACCAAAUUUCAUACCCAGGGAUAGUUGCCCUUUUGUAAUUUAAUUGUAUGCUAGUUGGUUAUGCUUAAAUAUAAUUUCAUUCAUUCAUACUAGUAUUUAAUAACUGUUUAUUUCAUAUUAGUUUCACUUUCACGUUUUUGAAGCAGCAAACUUCAAUUGCUUUGGUUUUGCCAUAAUUAGAAAGAAGGAACUCUCUUAUUAAAAAAGAUGCAAUGUUUCUCUAAACUGCGAAUUGCUUGGGUUCUUUUUCUUUUUUUUUCUUUUGUCAAACUUGCUUGGUUAAUUCUCC